AUGUGUGACAUUUAUGUACCGAAUGUGCAUGAUGUCAAUGAGUCAAAUAAACCGGCUUUUGAGGAGGCAAAGUUCAUAAUAGACAAUUAUAGAAAAGGUUUACCCAAGAGUAAUCCCUUUUUAGAAGGUAACGAAUCUCCCUGCGAGAUUUCAAAUAGUCCAUUCAGGAACUGUUUACCAUUAAAUCCAAUCAUUCAAAAUGAAGAGUAUAAUACUAAGACAAUAUUUCAUAUGUCAAUUCUAUAUAUUGCAGAUGUUCUUCUAAGUGAUAUGCGUGACAAUAGUGAUUUGGAAGACAUAAAGUACUUUGCUAAUAAAGAAAACCUUAUAAAAGUUGUUUUGAAGAAAAAAAAUGUAUGUCAAAAUAUAAGGUAUUUUGAUGAUGAUGAAGAAGUAGGCAUAAAUACAAAUAAGAAGUACAAGGAAAGGAUCAAUAAUAAUAUUCAUGCAGAAAUAACAGAUAACUAUGAAGGCGAAAUAAUGAAAUAUUUAGAUAAUUCUGGUUUCAAGCAUAUGCCUAAGCUAAUUAACUCUAAUUGGCGAAAUACAGGAUGGAUUGUAAUGGAGUAUUACGAUGGUAUUUCACUGCAGGAAUUUUACAGAAGCUCUGUAAUUGAUAUUGAUGAUAUUCAUGCUAUUGAUGAACAGGUUUUUGAAGAAAGAUUGAUAUACAAAGCUGGACCUAUAUAUAAGGCACUCAACGAGCUUUUAGUUGGCAGAUCUAAAGAUGAAAUAUCGGGAAAUACUGUAUUAUUUAAUCUUGCACUUACUCAGUUCAUUGCAAUAUCGAGCAUUUAUGUAGAGAUGCUGAAAAAAGGAGUAUUACACUGCAACCCAAGUCCUUCAUCAAUAAUGUUAAGAAGGGGAAGAUUAGGUAUUAACCCAAACGAUAUUAUCUUCGUGGACUAUUCACAAAGUUUGAGAUGGAGUCCAGAUAUUACAGACAUAUUUUUCUCAAAUAUAAGGGAAACUUGUAUACCAGAUUUGCGGCCAAUAUUGUCUUUUCUACUUGCAGAUUUUGGAAAAUAUAUUCCUCUAUCAUCAAUUGAUGUGACAUUCUUUGGUCAGUCUAUGAUGGCUCCAGUAAAUUCGAUAUUUUUUAUGACAGAGCAGUUCGAUAUACCACAGUGUAGAGAUUACAAUGAACUGUUACGAGAAUAUUAUAAUUCAAGAUUCCGCUGUAGUGAUUUACUAGCAGAUACGGAGAGUAUAUUUCAUACUAUAGACUGCCAUACUUUACUACCAGCAAAUGAUGCAAUACCACUAAGAUUUAAGAUUUUCCAUUUCUGUCAAUACUCAUGCAAUAUAUGCAAUAAAGGAUGUGAAAGGAUGAUGUCACUAUUAACCAACUCUUUAGACGAUAAUGUUGAUAAGAAUGAGGAGAUUGAUUUGAAUUUUAUUAGUGGCAUUUUAAAAUAUUGUAAACCUAAUUUAGAUAUUUUCUCAGAAACUAAGCUAUCUAAUGAGUGGAUAAAUCAAGAGUGGACUGAUGCAAUAUAUAAAACUGCAGAAUCAGGAUCUAACUCUGUGAGAUCAUAUAAAAAGUCCCCACUACUUGGCUGCAGAUACUGCAUUCAACACCAAAAAAUAAUCCAAUCCUUACUAUUUUAUUUCGAAAUACCAUCACUUUUAGUAUAUCCAUAUGCUGAUCUAUUUAUUGGAGACAGGGAAAUUUUGAUAAACUCUCAUAAAAAGAUAGUGAACAUAAUAAAGCAGUUUUUAUUGAAUAAGAAUUCGAAUGUAUUUCAAAAUAUAUUGUCAAAACCAAAUACACAGAAUGAACUACCAGGUAAUUAUAUAAAUCAACUGAAAGAUUUAAGCAUCAAAAAUAAUCUUUUAGUUCUCCUUUUACUAGGAUCAAGAUAUACUGGACUAUCUAGUGAAAAUAACCUUGAGUUAUUACACGAAUAUAUGCAUACCCCCAGUGGUUUACUACACCUGAGAAUAGCAAAUGAUGCACCAAACUAUCUUUAUUUGCAGCUUAUUAGACAGUCAUUUAAGUUUUAUAUGCAAAAUAGAUUCAGCAGUGAAUAUAAAUAUCGUAUUCUUCAGAUGAUUAGAAUCUUUUCUAAAAGACUACUACCCGUCUCUACUAGGUCAUUUCCGCUAUUCCGGAGACCAGAAUCAAUUAGCUAA